GAUCAAGCAGACGUCAUCAACUCGGCUUUGUCCGAAUGCAAACAUUCAUCAACAACACCGACGAGUCCUUGUGACACAUGUUGUCACUCUUUACCAUCAUGAGCCUCUUUGAUCCAUGACUUUCUGAACUUCAGACUCCAAACACUUUUCCACCCAAAACAUGUCCAGUCCAGCCAAGAAACGCAAACUCAACUCGGGCGCAAAGCAAUCUUCUUCCGUGCCCAGCAGAGGUCUCGAAUACUUCUUUGCUAAACAGAAGCAGAAUGGUGCUUCCAAGGAACCAUCUCCUUUGCAAAAGGAGUCCGACUCACAGCCAACUCAGAAAGGGCCAUCAGAAGAGCAAUUGUCCGAUGAGGAACUUGCGCGAAAGCUGCAGGCCGAAUGGGAUGCGGAAGCAAAGGCGUCAACUCCAAGGGAAAAUAAGGUCCGCCCGCAUGAUGUGCCAGUGCCAGAAACAGGGUUCGUGGACACAGUUGCGGUUGAACCAACCAAGGAGUCGAAACCACAGACAGUAACCUCACCAUCCAAGGCCCUGCCGAAAGGGAAGAAUACAUUGUCACUCUCUUCAGAAGCCGCUGCAGAAGACCAGGCAUCAGCAUCCAUCCCACUUGACGAGUCUCCGUUGACCUUCGACCCAGCCAAGUACAUCCCCCAACUCCAGGAUUCGUGGGCCAUUGAUGGAGGCGAUGCGUCCUACGCCCUCCUCACACGAUGCUUCGUCUUGGUUAGCAGUACCUCAAGCAGGAUCAAAAUCGUUGACACCCUGGUCAACUGUAUCCGAUUGUUGAUUGAGGCAGAUCCGUCCAGCUUGCUGCCCGCGGUAUGGCUCGCAACAAACGCCAUUUCCCCGCCGUAUGUGUCUAUGGAACUUGGUUUGGGUGGUUCUGCUAUCUCAAAGGCUCUCAAACAAGUGUGUGGCCUUGACAAUAGGUCGUUAAAGACACUCUACGAUAAGCUGGGUGACCCGGGCGAUGUUGCGUUCGAGGCAAAGAAGAAACAGAGCUUUACUUUGCGAAAGCCAAAACCGCUAACGAUCAAGGGGGUCUUCCAGUCACUGGUCAAAAUAGCCAAGACUCAGGGGCAGGGCAGCGGUGAUGUAAAGCAACGGAUUGUUGAUAAGCUGCUCCAAGAUGCUCGCGGAGGUGAAGAAAGCAGAUAUGUCGUCAGGACACUUUGUCAACAUUUGCGCAUCGGAGCUGUAAAAACCACCAUGCUGAUCGCCCUUGCUCGGGCCUUCUCUCUCUCGAAAACUCCAGGCGCAGACUUCCCAACAAAGGACCCAAAUCAACUGGCGAAGCUGAGGAAAGAGGAGCUUGCCGAGGUCUAUCUGAAGGCCGAAGAGAUAGUCAAGGCCUCGUAUGCCCGACAUCCAGAUUACAACGACCUUGUCCCAGUACUGCUCGAGAUAGGUGUGUGUGAGGAGUUAUUGGUGCGAUGCGGUCUAACACUUCACAUUCCCCUGCGCCCCAUGCUUGGGGGUAUCACCAGAGACCUGUCAGAAAUGCUCUCUCGACUUCAGAGGCGUGAAUUCGCUUGCGAGUACAAGUAUGACGGCCAGCGUGCCCAAAUCCAUUGCGACGAGAAGGGAGUUGUCUCCAUCUUUUCGCGCCAUCUUGAACUCAUGACAGACAAAUAUCCCGAUCUGGUCGCGCUCGUUCCCAAAAUCAGGGGCGAAGAUGUCCAGAGCUUCAUCAUGGAGGGUGAAGUGGUCGCCGUGGACCGGGCCACGGGCGAGCUGAAAACUUUCCAGACAUUGACGAACCGUGCCAGAAAAGACGUGGCUAUAGGCAGCAUCACCAUCGACGUGUGUCUGUUUGCAUUUGACCUCAUGUAUCUCAACGGACAGCCGCUCCUCGACAGAUCAUUCCGAGAACGACGAGACAUGUUGCGAUCACUCUUUGUGGAGAUACCGCAUCAUUUCACCUGGGUCAAAAGCAUUGAUGCCACGUCGCAAGACUCGGAAACCGUCCUCGAGUUCUUCAAGUCAGCCGUUGACAGCAAGUGUGAAGGUAUCAUGGUCAAAAUUCUCGACAACCUACCCGAACUAGAAGCCCCCGAGCCCGCCGACGACGCCGCCGACCCAGGAAUUCUCGAAGAGCAGCAGCUCCCUACCUCCGAUGCUGCCGCCACAGUCUCAGCCUCCUCAAUCAAGCCCCCCAAGGGAAAAGCAAAAGCAAAACCCAAACCCAAACCAACAGAGACGACCCCCUCCGAUACGCCACCCAUCCCCGAAAAGAAGCUCCCCACCCGGCGCAAACCCCUCCUAGCGACCUACGAGCCCGACAAGCGUCUCGACUCCUGGCUCAAAGUAAAAAAAGACUACAUCGGCACGUCCGCCGGCGUCGACACGCUCGACCUGAUCCCCAUCGCCGCCUGGCACGGCUCCGGCCGCAAAGCCAAGUGGUGGUCUCCCAUCCUGCUGGCCGUGCGCAACGAAGAAACGGGAUCCCUAGAAGCAGUGUGCAAGUGCAUGUCGGGCUUCACCGACACCUUCUAUAAAGCCAACCGGGAGUUUUACGACAAGGACGGCUCGUUCAGUUCCGAUGGGGAGCCCAGGAAUGUGCAUGUGGCGAAGCCGGGGUUUGUCGAGUACGCGGGGGGCAAUCCGGAUGUGUGGUUUGAGCCGCAGGAGGUGUGGGAGGUGGCGUUUGCGGAUAUCACGAUUAGUCCGACGUACACGGCGGCGAUUGGGUUGGUGCGGGAGGACAAGGGGCUGAGUUUGAGGUUUCCGAGGUUUUUGAGGAAGAGGGAGGAUAAGGGGAUUGAGGAGGCGAGUACGAGUGAGUUUUUGGCGGGGUUGUGGAGGAAGCAGGAGGCGAAGGCACCCGCACCGCCGCCGGUUGAGGGUGGAAGGGAAAUUGAUGAAGCGGGUUUGGAGAAUGAGGAUGAGGAUGAGGAUGGAGAAUAGGACGCUAGUGAUGAUUCUUCGCCAUUCUUACCACGUUCUUCUCUGGCAAUGCCUCAGUUGACGCUGACUUGCAAUCACCAUAGAUGCACAAGGGAGCGAAUUGUAAGAGUAUCAUUGUGUGUACAACUACUUCCAUUCGUGCUUCCUUUUUGGUAUCUAAUCUCGCAUAUUUUUCACACUUCCCUCCACUCCACCACACAUCCUUACUCCUUCCACGCCCUGUACAGGAUCUUGCACCCAUACUUUUCUCCCUUCUUCAACAACAUCUGCCCCUUCCACUCGGGCACAUUGCAAGCGUUGACCCACCUGCUGGGCUCAAGGCAGAAGCCGCUGCGCGGCUUGCGAGCGGG